CGCCCUCUCUCGACAUAGCUCACAAUGGCCUCUCCAAAGCAGUUCUAUAUUCCUGACCUUCUUGCUAUCUCUCCGUUUGAAGGAUCUACCAACCCUCACUACGAGAAGGCUGCUGCGGAGUCUUCUCUCUGGGUUGGCAGCUACAAGCUAUUCACCAACCGAAAGCGCCUCUUCUUUGUGCUCGGGAGUAAUGAACUUCUGGUCUCGCAUGCCUACCCUUAUGCUGGCUACGAGCAGUUCAGAACCUGCUGUGAUCUGGUCAAUCUACUAUUCGUGAUUGACGAGGUCAGCGACGAACAGUCAGGCGAUGAAGCAUUGCAGACAGGCCUGUCUGUCCUGCGCGUCUUCAAAGAUCCCAAGUGGGACGACGGCUCGACCCUCGCUAAGAUGGCCAGAGAGUUCCGCGGUCGACUGGGCAAUGGCGCAGGCCCGGGCUGCCUCCGCCGAUUCAUCAAGCGGUUCGAGGAGUAUGUAUACGCUGUCGCCCAAGAAGCAGAGCUACGAGCGCAGAAGGAAGUGCUCACCUUGGCUACGUAUAUCCCGUUGCGUCGGGAGAAUAGCGCAGUCCGAGUGUGCUUUGCCUUACUGGAAUACGUCUUCGGUGUUGACCUGCCUGACGAGGUCUUUGAGGAUCCGAUUUUCAUGGACAUGUAUUUUGCCGCUGUAGACUCGGUCUGCUGGUCCAACGAUCUCUAUUCUUAUAACAUGGAGCAAGCAAAGGGACACACCGGCAAUAAUGUCAUGACCGUGCUCAUGAAGGAGAAGAAUUGUUCCCUUCAAGAAGCCGCCGAUUAUAUCGGACUACACUUCCAACAGUUGGUCGAUACAUUUGUGACGAAUAAGAGGAAACUGCGGUCACGGGGGCCGUCUGACGACGCGGACAUCGCCAAGCAUAUCAUGGGGAUGGAGAACUGGAUGAUAGGUAACCUCGAAUGGAGUCUGGAGACCCAGAGGUACUUCGGCGCCGAGGUAUCAAAGGUCAAGAGAACACGCCUUGUCGUCCUCCGUCCCCGGGAAGAGGAACAUGAUGACCAGUAAAUACAGUGGUGUUAUCUUGUCAUACAUCAAGUGAUCCACUUCAGAUGCAGACCCAAGGUCCAGAGGUUUAUUUCUUGGAUUACCAGUGUAGACGGCUCGCACUUCUUUUGAUAUCAUAUACUACCUGGUUCUUCCCAACGUUCUGG